GCCUUAGCAGCCGUCCAAGCAAGCACUCGCGCAGCUUGCUGGCAGCAGUCGCUGGCAGCCUUGCGCCAGACUUCUUCACCGCCAGUCGUCCUCUUCAACGCCUGCGCAGCCAGCUGCUCCAAAGGAAGGCAAUGGAGGGCAGCCAUCCUUCUGGCCGAAGAGAUACACUGUCUAGGCUUAGAGGCAACUGUUGUUACUUGCAACACUCGCAUCAAAGCUGCCGGCUCCGAAGAGAUGAAUUGGGCCAGCACUCUGGAUUUUCUCCGAGCUGCUCAGAAGCAGUCCGUGAGAAGUGACGCCGUCACCUGGAACUCAGCUGCAGAUGCAUGCAGUGGGCAAGGAGACCCUGAUGUGUGGCCCCAGGCUUUGCAGCUCCUAGACGGACUGAGCUGGAGGGGCUUGGAGAGCGACGGGGUCACUGCGACGCUUCGGAUCAAGAGGGCCUCGUGGCCAGCGGCGAUGCUGCAUUUCUCUCACACAGCUGAGAGCUUCUUUGGAAAGGCGGCGAAGGUCGGCGUCAAUGCAGGGCUAUCGUCGCUGGCCUUGGGCACGGCUUGGGGCUACGGCACAUCCCUACUGCACACGAUGCGCCAUCGCGCUGUGGAGUUGGAUCCGAUGGCCCUCACCGCGGCCAUUGCUCUUUACUCCGGUGAAGAGGCAUCGGAUGCCUGGAUGCAUUCUUUGCAGCUCUUGGAGAAUAUUCAUGCAUUCGGCCUCGACCAGGGGACUGCGAGAGGAGCUGCUCGCGUGGAUAGGGUGGCUAUCAGUUCGGCCAUGACGGUCUGCACCAACCAUCAGCUCUGGGAGCAUGCUCUCUCACUCUUUGAGGCACUUAUGGAGGCUCGCCGUGCAGACGUCGUCAGUUUCGGAAGUGCCAUUUCUGCAGCAGCUUCGGGCCGGUUGUGGGAGUUGGCUCUACACCUCCAUGAGGAGAUGCCCAACAUGCAGUUGGCACCAAACCAGGUCACCUUUAAUGCCGUCAUCGCUGCUUGCGAGCAAGGCCUGCAGUGGGAAGUGGCAGUGUCCAUGUUGCCAAGCAUGCGGCUGCUUCUGAUAAUGCCGGACGUUGUAAGCUACACUUCGACGAUUUCGGCAUGUGGCCAGGCACAGUGCUGGCUAGAUGCGAUUCAGCUGCUGGGCGAGGCCCUGCAGCUGCGGCUGCGGACAAACAUCAUGUCCCUGAGCUCGGCGAUCAGUGCAUGUGAGAAAGCCGGGCAAUGGCAGGCAGCGCUUCAACUCCUGGGCAAGGCCCGAGACCUGGGCUUAGAGCCGAGCACAAUCACGUGCAAUGCAGCCAUCAGUGCCUGCGAGAAAUGUUGCAGGUGGACAGAGGCCCUCCACUUGCUGUCCGAGAUGAACUCUCUUGCACUGCCGCAGAGCUCCAUCACCCAGUCAGUCAGCAUUGCGGCAUGCGCACGAGGAAGAGCCUGGGAACAUGCACUGUGGCUCUUUGGCCAGGGGCAGUUGCUACAAACUUAUGGGUCUGAGCUCUUUGCAGCAUGUGCAUCGACAAUCUCCGCAUGCGAGAUGGAGUCCUCUAGAGGAGCUGCUCAGACAGUUCCAGCGAUGCUGGCCAGGAUUUGCCUGCUCUUGGAGGAACCAGAGGCCCAAGCGCAGGUGCUGACAGUGGAAAUUCUCAGUGACUUCGGCGCAUUGCCAUCCCGAGGCUUGAACAUACAACGCCGCAGGCUUCGGCAGAAAAUGCUCAAACAAUGCAGGAUUCUCUGUGGCUACCGGAGUGGAUGGUCUGUGCAAGAACCGUCUUGGAGGCUGCAUGAUCCAGUUUUGGAGCAGGAGUCGUUUCUCGGAGCUUCGCUCACACAGAAGCUGCUGCAGCAGCUGCAGUUAGCACCAACGGGUGACCCAGCUGCUGAACCAUGGCUGCCAACGGCACGCGCAGCUGCCCGAACAGCGCCAGCGCUGACCAGUUCAGCCGAUGCCAAUGAGGCGGAACAGCGUGCCAAGGCGAUUUCUGCAUGGACGGGGGCAUCAGUGGAUGCCAGGGUUUCAGAGGCGCACGUCUCCAUCCAGUACAGGAGCCGGGUGCACCAGUGGA